AUAAAUACCACAUCUUAUUACUCAAACCAUACUCAAUUCAAUCAUCCACUACUUUAGAAAGAAAAAAAAAAAAACAGAGUAAACAGAGCAAUGGCUAAAGAUGUUGAGGUUCAAGAACAUGGAGAAUACUCAGCUAAAGAUUACCAAGACCCACCUCCAGCACCAUUGAUAGAUGUUGAGGAAUUAACAAAGUGGUCUUUUUAUAGAGCUCUUAUAGCUGAAUUUGUAGCAACACUUCUUUUCCUUUAUGUCACUAUUUUGACCAUCAUUGGUUAUAGCCACCAGUCUGAUCCUAAUGCUGGUGGUACUGACUGUGAUGGUGUUGGCAUUUUGGGUAUUGCUUGGGCUUUUGGUGGCAUGAUUUUCAUCCUUGUUUACUGCACCGCCGGUAUCUCAGGAGGACACAUAAACCCUGCCGUGACAUUCGGGCUACUUGUUGGACGAAAAAUAUCCUUGAUAAGGGCAAUAUUCUACAUAGCAGCACAGUCUGCCGGAGCAAUCUGCGGUACCGGACUUGCCAAAGGUUUCCAAAAGGCAUACUUUGACAGGUAUGGAGGUGGUGCCAACUUUAUCCAUGAUGGUUACAACAAAGGUACAGCUUUAGGUGCUGAAAUUAUUGGUACCUUUGUUCUUGUGUACACUGUCUUCUCUGCCACUGAUCCUAAGAGGAAUGCUAGAGACUCUCAUGUUCCUGUUUUGGCACCACUUCCUAUUGGAUUUGCUGUUUUCAUGGUUCACUUGGCUACUAUCCCAAUUACCGGUACCGGUAUUAACCCGGCAAGAAGUUUCGGAUCAGCCGUAAUCUACAACGAAGACAAAAUUUGGGAUGAUCAGUGGAUAUUCUGGGUUGGACCAAUUAUUGGAGCAACUAUAGCUGCAAUUUACCAUCAAUACAUUCUAAGAGGAUCAGCCAUUAAAGCACUUGGAUCCUUCAGAAGCAAUGCUUAAUUAAUUAAGCUAGCUCAAUUGAUUUCUAUGCCAACAAAAGCUAUAUGGUGUUAAUUUCCCAAGAAGAAUAAUGUUGAAGAGUGCAAAGUGGUCCUCUAUUGGCUUUUUCGUCUUUUCCUUUUCAGCUGCAGCUUUAGUGGAAAGGGUUUGGAGUAAAAAAACCAAAAUAUGGGACCAUGAAAUUGUAGAUAACGUUAUGGCUUGUGUUUCAAGGGUGUAUUUUGUAUCCCUUUUGUGUUUUUUUUUCUUUCCGUUUUGUGUCAUUUUUCAUGUUUUCUUUCAUAAUUAAGUGCCAUAUUUAUCUUCCAUCUCCUGUUUUCAAUUUCAAUUUCAGUGUGUCAAAAUUUGCUGGUCAAUCUAUUCACGUAGUAAAACGUUACUCAACUAUUUUUCUUUCAA